AUGAAGAAUAAUCAGGUCAAUUUAUUUUUUGUAUCUGGUUUACCAUCGGAUGUUACAGAAAAUGAAAUAAAGAAUUAUUUUUUGCCUGAUCAUGAAUUAAGCCAUUGCACAUUACAUAGUACUCAUUGUGGAAUAAGUAGUUGUUAUGGUUAUGUGGGACUGAAAAGCAAAGAAUUGGAUAUUCAAGAAUAUGUAAAAAAUAAAAAAUUAAAAAAUAAGGAUAUAUAUAUUGAACUUAUUGAAGAAGAGAAUGAAGGUGAUAAUAAUAUAAAUGAUGAUGAUAAUAAUAAAAAUGGUGAUAAUAAAAAUAAUAAUAUGUAUGAAGAACAAAAUAAUAAUAUGUAUGGAGAGCAAAAUAAUAAUAUGUAUGAAGAACAAAAUAAUAAUAUGUAUGAAGAACAAAAUAAUAAUAGGUAUGAAGAACAAAAUAAUAAUAGGUAUGAAGAACAAAAUAAUAAUAGGUAUGAAGAACAAAAUAAUAAUAUGUAUGAAGAACAAAAUAAUAUUUGUUAUAAUAAUGAAGAUGUAAUAGAUGAGAAAUCGAAAAAAAGUAAUUAUAUUAAAUUAAGAAAAAAGAAAGAAAACAAGAAGCAUAUAAAAAUUAUCAACGAAAAUGGAGAUAUAACAAAAGAAGGAUUAUGCAUAUUAGAAAAUAUGAACAUGCAAGAUGUUGUAAUAUUAAUAAUUAAAAUUCAAGAAUUAGUACGUAUGGAUCCUCAAACAGCUAUUAAAAUGUUGAAUGAAAAUAAGACUAUUUAUUAUUCCUUGAUACAUGCUCUUUUUUUUUUUGGAAUAUUAAAUGUAGAAAUAACACCAUUAGAUAACGAAGAAAUUAAAGAAAGUCAUUUUUAUCGAAUGAAAAAUUAUUUUCAGUAUAUUUGUAUGAACGAUGAAAAAUCUACAAUGCAAGAUUUUAAGGAACCUAAAACGAAUGUGGAUAAUCAAUGUGAAAAUGAUUGUGGUGAUGAUUCAUCUUAUGAAUAUGAAGAAAUGAUAAAUGAAGAUAUAAUAAGUGUAGAAGGAAAUUAUAAUGAAGACGAAAGAAAUGACAAUACUGUGGUGAAUAAUAUGGAUAAUACAUUUGAUAGUGAUCAUGUAAUGUGUGAUGAUGAUAAUAAGAUAUAUGAUAAUGAUGAUAAAUAUGGUGAUAAUACAUAUGGUGAUAAUACAUAUGAUGAUAAUAAAUAUGAUGAUAAUAAAUAUGAUGAUAAUAAAUAUGAUGAUAAUAAAUACGAUGAUAAUAAAUACGAUGAUAAUAAAUACGAUGAUAAUAAAUACGAUGAUAAAUAUCAUGAUAAUUUAAUAAAUAAAAAAUAUACACAUGUAAACAAAAAAACGUUAUAUAAUAAACAUCAACCUUAUAUAACUAAUAUGAAGAAUGACAAAAAAAGGAAAAUUGAGGAAACUCCGAAGACCCUAUUAAAUGAUGUGAACAAUAAUUAUGGUGAUAAUAACAUGACAUAUGAAGAUAUAUAUUAUAAUAUGAAUAAUGAUACAAGUAUGGAAUGUAAUAAUAGGAAGGGUGUGAAUAAUCAUAACCAGUCUAUUAACAUGAGAAUAAAAAAUAACAAACGAAAAAAAGAUUAUCCUUAUAAGUAUGUAAUGCAAGAAUAUAUAAAAGGAAAUGAUCUAUCGAACAACAACAAUAAUAAUAAUAUUAAUAAUAAUAAUAUUAAUAAUAAUAAUAAUAUUAAUGGUUGUGGAAAUGUAUCCUUAUCAUCAGACAAAAGGAAAGGUAAUUUAUACGGAAAUAAUAAAAUCAACAUGAAUAAUAAUAAUAAUAAUAAUAAUAGUAGUAGUAAGAAUAAGAAUAAUAAGAAUAUCCCCCCAAAAGGUAUGCCCAAACCACUCUAUAGCUUUAUUAAAAAUAAAGACCUUAACAGAAAUCCUAUUAAUUAUGAUGAAAAUGAUUUUGUGGAGAGUGUAAAGGAGAAUGCUGCAGAUUGUGUGGAUACAUUAUUACAUAAUUAUAACAAUAAUAAUAAUAAUAAUAAUAAUAAUAAUAAUAAUAAUAAUAAUAAUAGUAAUAAUAAUAAUUUGUACAAGUCAAAUAAAGAAGCGAAAAACCAUAACGAGAACCCACAUUUUUAUAACACCACAAAUUAUAAGGUUAAUAAUAAUAAUAAUAAUAAUAAACAACAACAACUCUAUAGAAACAAUACAGAUAUGAGAUGUGAGAAUUUCCCGGAUAGAUUAAUAAACAAAAUGAAACAUAUAAAUAAUCAAAGAAGAGGAAUUAAAUUAAUAGACAGAAAGAAUAAUCCUUCAGAAGAUAAUUAUAAUACAAAUAAAAUUAAAAUUAAAUGUAUUAAUAUUGAAGAAGAAAAUAAAAUAAAUAACAAAAACAAUAAUAAUAAUAAUAAUAAUAAUAACAACAACAAAUUGUUAACAAGCGGAAUUAAUAGUAAUCAUCUAACUCUACUUCUUAAAAAAUUAAAAAUUUCUUUGAGUGAUAUACCAUAUGCUGAAGAAGAUUUAGUUAAAGAAAUAAUAAAUGAGAAAUCAAUUCUUCAAAAUAUAUUAAUAAGUAAAUAUGUAGACAUGUUAAAUUGGACAAGUGAACAAGUAUUACGUGUAUUAUCCAUAAGAAAAUCAUUAAAGAGAAUUGGUUAUAAUAUAAACGGUGUUAUAUAA